GGCGGGAGGCAUGGGGCCGGCGGGGCGGCGGGCUCUGCGGGCUGGGCUGGCGCUGGGAGCGCUGGUGCUGGUGCUGCAGGGGCUGCGCGGCUGGCUGGCCUCCAAACGGUACGAGUUCACCCCCGCCGAGAUCGCCCAGCUCGCCCGGCACCACGCGGGGCUGGACCAUGAACUGGCUUUCUCUAAGAUCAUUGUGGAGCUACGGAAGAAGCAUCCAGGCCACAUCCUGCCAGAUGAGGACCUGCAGUGGGUGUUUGUGAAUGCAGGCGGGUGGAUGGGCUCCAUGUGCCUCCUGCACGCCUCACUCACAGAGUAUGUGCUGCUGUUUGGGACAGCUGUCGACACCGGGGGCCACUCAGGUCGAUACUGGGCAGAUAUUUCUGACACUGUUAUCUCUGGGACCUUCCGGCAGUGGAAGGAGGGGACCACCAGAAGUGAGAUCUACUACCCAGGAGACACCAUUGUGCACCAAGCAGGGGAGGCCACAUCAGUGCAGUGGAGUGCGGGCACCUGGAUGGUGGAGUACGGUCGCGGCUUCAUCCCUUCUACACUCGCCUUUGCCCUGGCUGACACCCUUUUCAGCACUCAGGACUUUGUCACCCUCUUCUACACCCUGCGUGUCUAUGCCAAGGGCCUGCUCCUGGAAGCCAAUGCCUUCUUCAGCACCUGGGGCUGCUGAGACCAGCUCACAGGGGCACGCAGCCAGGGACAGCUGGCUCCUUUCCUCCUAGCCUUCCUCCAUUUUCCUCCUCCACCUUCUCAAGCCCAGGCUCUAGCAGAGGCAGCAGGAGACACCCUGUGCCUCCUUCAGUUUGCUCUAUCCUUCCCCAUGGGCCAGCUGGGUGCUAGGACAGAGGGACCAUAGUGGUCACAGCAGUACAGACUGCCAGUUCUCUUUACUACCUGCCUCCCCCCUCUUUUGAUCAGGGCCGUGUCCUGCUUUUCCAUCCCUAAGGCUUGGAGUGGCCUUGCAGGGCAUGUAAAUCCCUGUGUGCCUUCAGCAUGCAGUAUGAGAGGGGCUGGAGCUGGCUGUUCCCAGGCUCUGCAAAAUUUCUGCAGUUCCUGAGAUCACCAGGAGGAGGAUGCCACCCUCAGGGCAGGGUGCGCUGUGUGAGCUGGGCCAGAGCACCCAUUGUAAAGAUCAGCCACGAUGUUCCACAUUUCCCUGGCAGUCUGACAGGGCUGCAGUCAGCACAGGGUGCUGUGUCCAGCUGGCAGCAUCUCCUGUGGUUCCAUCUCCGCUGAUGCAGGUUGGCAGCACAGACUGUCACUCUGGCAAGGGGCACAAUCUGUGCUGGGACUUUCCAGCAGUGGGGGGAUGCCCAGCCUCUGUGCUGGAGGUCCCUCCUGGUUUCCUGUGCGUCAUGUGCCCUUGGGGAUAGCCAGAACUAGAACAGUCCUUUUCCCACAGCCCCUCUCUGCAGUUCCCCGCCAAAGGGGGAGCCACCGUCUGUCGCCUUAACCAAGAGCCCGUUCUGUUUGGCCUCGGGGCUGUGCACAUUCCUAGUGUCUGUGGGUGCCCAAACCUGUGUACUAGCCCAGGAUGGGAUCUCACCCCUCAGAAUGCUUCCCCUAAUUGGGAACUGGCAGCCCAUUUGGUUCCCAGUGCAGUCCUGGGUGCCAAGGCAGUGCUGCAAUCCCCUAACUGAGCCUGUCUGUGGACACUUCUUGCAGCCCUGUGGCUGGACUCUUGGGGGCUCGCUGCUUGGUGGAGGGCUUUCACUACUGUGCUGCUGCCAAAUGUGUGUCCCUGGCCAUCAGGCCUGUAGCAUGUUGCACCUCCUGCACUCUGGACUGUCCCUGUUCUGCUGAUUGGCAGCCCCACACGUGGGCUACUUCUGAAUUUGCCAGCUGGAAAAAACGAUACCAGUAAUAAAAUUUGUUCAUCCCACCCA